AUGCCGAUCUUCAACGCCCACAUGCGGCUCAUGGACCUGUGGAAGCAGGACGCCGCCACGGCCACCUGGGUCAACGACCGCGAGGGGGUCAUCUGGUACGGCGAGACGGCGUCUACAUUCAUGCGCGGCUUCGAGACCCCCAGUAAGGCGUGGUACGGGCGGUUUGGCAUCCGGGUCGACGAGGCCACCUGGCACCUGCUUGCGCUCACAAACAACCCGUCGGGGCUCGGGGUCCCGGACGCGGAGCCGGUGCCGCUGGCGGACAUGUUUACCAGCGAGGUGUACGGGUGCAAUCUCGAGGCCGCCGCGACUGCGUGCCAGUGGUCCGACCACCGGUACAAGCUUGCCCUGAAGGAACUGGAGAGUUCUGGGACAAAGUUUCUCGCCAUCAGCGAGCGUGCGUUGCCGCGGGCGAGAGCCCUGGCCCCCGACACGCCGGCGGGCGGCUGCGUCGGGACGCAGCUGUGGGAGCGCGUCCUGGCCCUGAGCACGCCGUCCAUUGGCGAGACCCCCGAGUCUCUGCGGGCGGCCUUUGACACGGCGGCCUUUGUGGGGGUGUUUGCGCGCGGCCGCGCGGCCAGGAAGACCCUCGACGGCACCGCGCGGCGUUUCCUCAGACACCACUACGCCACCGUGCUGAUGCCCAGCGAUAUCCGGUACCUGACCGGCAACCUGGCCCGGUCGAUCGACACCUGGGUGGCCGGGUCCGUCGAGUACCGGGCGGACACGUCCAACGUGCAUGCCGGCGUCGGCGCACUCCGAGACAUCCAGACGGUCAUGACGGACUACUCCACGGACCUCAACCUGGCCGUCAUCAACAUGUACAUGCUGCGUCGGAUCCUGUUCAACGGCGUGUCCAAGUACACCCUGAGCUUUGUGGGCGAGUCGCCGUACGUGGCGCGGAUGAAGACGGGGAUCGCCCUGAUGGCCGCCAACGGGUGCCUGGACCACUGCCUCUUCCAGCUGCGUAUGGUGUACCCCGAGAUCACGUUCCGCUUUGUGGUGCAGUUCAUGAUCUCGGACAACCCCAUCGUGUUUGAGGGGAUGCACGUGCGCGCCGUGCACGUCACUCACGACGGCCACCAGCUCGGCCAGCACCGCAUGUACGUGCUCCAUCGGAAAGGGGGCUUUGAUCGGGGCUCGUGCACUUGCUAG